AUGGAAAAUCAGUCUAAGUAUCUGGUAGCGGUUGUGGGCACAGAAGCCUUAGACUUAAUAAUAGAUUUAUGUUAUCCCGAAAAUCCAGAAAAUGUAGAAAUUAGUGAAAUCGAGAGAUUCGUCGAAGAAUACCUAUCACCGAAACGUUCUGUGAUUGCCGAGAGAAUGAUUUUUCGAUCCAGUAAACAAGUGGAAAAUCAAUCGUUAAACGAGUAUUUCGUCAAUCUAAAAAAACUGAGUAAGGCAUGCAAGUUUAAAACAAACGACAGUUUAAAUGAAAACCUACGCGACCAAUUCGUAUACGGACUAAGCAGCGAUCGAAUUAGGCAGCGGAUAAUGACGGAGAAAGAUGAAGAUUUAACUUUUACGCGCGCCACUGAGCUGGCGUUAUCGCUCGAGGCGGUGAUACGAGAGGGUGGCGGCGGCGGACCGGCAGCGGCGGCGCAGGCCGAGCCGGUUUACGCGGUGGGCGGCCGGCGCGACAGCGCCCCGACUCGAGGCCGCGCGCGCCGCUCCAGGGGCUACGUCGGCGCUGACGGCGGCAGCGGUGGGCAGCGUUGCUACCGGUGCCAUGGAAAUCAUUUGGCGGAAAAGUGUUCGUUCCUGCAUAGUGAGUGUUACGUGUGCGGAAGGAAAGGUCACAUUGCUAAGGUAUGUCGUUUACGCAAACAAAGAGUCGUUCACGGCAUCGACGAACGGGCGUCGUCGGAAAGUUCGUCAGAAUCCGAAUGUGCCAACGGGGUGACGGUGUACCAAAUGAGUGAUGAUGAUGACCUCGAUGAUCGGUGGGUGAUAUCCGUAAAAAUAAUAAAAACGGCGUUGAGAAAGGCAUUGUACGAAAAACAGGAUUUAGAAAAUUCUUUACAGAAAUUUUUAUUCGUAUAUAGAUCAACUCCACAUAGCAUUACUUGUAAAACACCAGCACAGUUAUUAUUAGGUAGACAAGUUCGUACUACAUUUGAUUUGUUGCGUCCUAGUACAAGUGAACUUGUAAAACAAAAACAAAUGAAACAAAUACGGUAUAGAAACGGCAGUGACAGACAGUUCAAUGUAGGUGAUAAAGUAUUUUUUAAACUUUUUAAAAACAAUAGCUUUUCGUGGGAAAAGGGGGUGGUCUCAGACCGGUCGGGUCCUUUGACAUAUUAUGUAAGGUUCCAAGAUAAAUAUCUUAAAAAGCAUGUCGAUCAGUUACGAAAAUUACAUGAAGUUGAUGACAAUAUCGUUGACGCUGCUGAAUUUUCGAGUGCGAGCGAACACAAAGGGCAAGAACAGUCUAAUGUUGUACCGGAGGCCGUUGAGCCGCUAGGAGACGUUAAUAUGCAAAGAUCGUAUUCGAAAAGAAAUCGUAAACCAGUACAAAGAUUUGUAGUUCAAUAAUUAAAAAUAACCUUUUUAUGAUGUUUAUUGUAAGGCCCAGGAUAUUGUUUGUGAAUCAUUGUUAAGUGCUACAUUCUGCAUAGUAUACAGGUAUUAUUAGAUAUAAUGCUGAUUUCAAGUACUCAUAAGUAAUAUUGUUACAUUUUUGUUUGUUUUUUUUUAACACCUUUUAUUUUUUUUUGUAUCCUAAAUUCUCACGUUUAAAUUGGUAAGUACUUAAAAUUAUGUUUUUCUUCUGUAAUAGGUACUAAGAUAAUAAGUUGGAAAUAAAUGGAAACUGUUCAGUGUUUAAUUAGUAUCUUUAAUUAACAUCGGGAGAGGGUAAAUGUAAUUAAAUUGUAUUGGUAAGAAAACUGUCAUUCUCGUACAGCAUAAAAAAAUAACUUGUAAUUAAAGCUGGGAGAAUGGUAUAUAUGUGUAUUUGAGGGUAUCUGAAUAACAAAUAAAUAUACUUCAGUCUCGUAUUGCGUCUAUUCUUGAUAACAUCUUCCCAGUUAAUAUAAACUAGUAACGACGGCCAUCUUGGAUUUCAUUUUUUUUAUAUAGUGAACUGUGUUACUAUUUAAGCCCUUUCAUUUGAAACCGUAUAGUAGUUAUGACAAAAUUUGUAAGCCGCCACUUUCUAGUGGCGGCCAUCUUGGAUUAAUAAUGAAAGAGAAUUUGUUUAAUUUUAUUGUCACCAGAACUAAAGAGGUGUACCAAAUUUCUGAUCAAUCUGUCAACAGGAAGCUGUCAAAUUUCAAUAAUUAUAUUUGACGAGUAAAUAACCGUUUCAUAAUAAAAAAUGAAAAAGCUGUUUGUUAAAGAAUGGGGCAGUUCUAA